UAGUGAUGGACAGGGACGGACUGACCAUUUGGAAACUCGGGCACUGCCCGAGGGCCCGGGGUCAGUAGGGGGCCCCAUGAGAUGCCCCUCGUACCUUUUUCAUAGGCUUUUUUGAGUUUGGGCAAGGACACAGGGGCCCCAUGUUCCCCUAUUGCCCGGGGGGCCCCAUGCGUUGUCAGUCCGCCCCUGCAGUGCUGCCCAGCAGUGCCACUCAUCAGUGCCCAGCAGUGCCGCCAGUCAGUGCCACCCAUCAGUGCCAGCUCAUCAGUGCC